AUGCCUCCCACCAACAAGGCCCUCGUCCUCCUCGCGCCCAAAUCGCCCACCCAGACCAUCUCUCAAGCCCCGUACAGCCACCCGUCUGCCAACGAACUCGUGAUCAGAACCCACGCUGUAGCAAUCAACCCGGCCGACUGGGGCGUCCAGCGCCGCGGCGUCCUCGUCCCCGAAGAUGCAUACCCCUGCAUCCUAGGCUGCGACGUCGCCGGGGAAGUGGUCGAGCUGCCGAAUCCCACCGCGGCAGGGGCCUCGAUUUCUCACUUCAAGAUCGGGGACCGCGUGAUUGCGCAAACCGGACCCCUGGACACAAAGCACUGGAAAGACACGGACAUGGACAUGGAUACGACCUCUGACGACUCCAACGCGAUGUCUAGCUCCCUCUGGCAAGGAAAGAAAAUCUACGCGUACGCCGCGUUCCAAACGUACGUGGUCCUACGCGGCCCCGUGAUCGCGCGCAUCCCCGACGCAAUAAGCUACGAAGACGCCGUGGUCCUCCCGCUGGGAAUGGCAACCGCGGCGUCGUGCCUCUUCCCCACGACGAUGCUGAAGCUGGACUCCCCACCCCUUGACCGCAAGGCCGAACGGAACGGCAAAGUCCUCCUCGUCUGGGCCGCGAGCUCCAGCGUCGGAUCCAGUGGCGUCCAACUCGCCUCCCAAGCAGGAUAUACCGUGAUAGGCGUGUGCUCGGGGCGGAACUUCGACAUGGUCACCUCGCUCGGGGCGGUGAAGUGUUUCGACCAUGCCUCCCCGGCUGUGGUCGACGAUGUCGUUUCGUAUGUGACUUCCUCUCACGCGGGGAUGGAAGUCGUGGGCGCGUAUGACGGCAUUUCCACCGGCCCGACGCUUACUCCCUUGUGCGAAAUCCUGCACCGGUUGGCCGACGCGGGGAUCCCGACCAGGAAGUUCAUUGCCGCGGUGUUUCCUGGUGCGGAAGCGCACGCAAGGCACGGCGUCCAGAUCAUCGUGAAUCUCACACAGGGCAUGGAGCAGUUCAACCGUGCCGCAGCCCGGCUACCGUCAUGGUUGGAGCGAGCAAUGGGCGAUGGAAGGGUGAAGUGUGCGCCCGAAAAGGAGGUCGUUGGAGAUGGGCUGGGGGCCGUACAGGCGGCGAUGGAUCGGCUGGCGGAAGGAAAGGUGUCAGGGCGGAAACUGGUUGUGAGGCUGUAG